UGUGUGAAACAUUUUUUUGAUUUUUUUGGUGCAAGGCACACAAAGGGUAGCGGCACUUCCAGCUUCAGUUUUUGCACUCGGGUCGAUCAUGACACCAUGCGCCAGCGUCCUGUCUCCCGACCUCUUCCUCGGCGGCUCCGUGCAAAGUGAUGGAUUUCCACAAGUGGAGCCUCUUUGAUGUCCACUCCACCAUGGGACGGGGUGCUGGGGGGGUACUUAAAGCAGAGGCAUCCCGGGGAAGUGCACUCGCUGCGGUGCCAGUGACUUUGACCAAAGCGCCCCCACGCUGCUUUUCAUGCGGUCUCCGAUGAGACGCUUGUCGCUGUCCGACGCGCGAGUGGUGCUGAAAUCUGGAUGAUGCCUGGCCCGCGUCUGCAAGGCUGCCGCUCCCUGCACUUGAACGAGGACAACGGCCGCUUCGUGCUGCUCGCCCUCCUCAUCGUCUUGUACCUGCUGUGCGGCGCCGCAGUCUUCUCGGCCAUAGAGAGGCCCUCCGAGCUGAGGGCCCACGGCCGCUGGAACGGGACGCUCCGCAACUUCAGCGAGACCUUCAACAUCAGCCUGCGGGAACUCAACUCUUUCCUGCGGGAGUACGAGGCGGCCAUCGCCGCCGGGAUCCGGGCCGAUGCUCUGAGGCCACGAUGGGAUUUUACAGGGGCUUUUUACUUUGUUGGAACUGUGGUGUCAACCAUAGGUUUUGGAAUGACAACACCUGUGACCGUGGCAGGCAAAGUGUUCCUGAUCUUCUACGGGCUACUGGGUUGUGCAGCGACCAUCCUCUUCUUUAAUCUCUUCCUGGAGCGCAUCAUCACGCUGCUCGCCGUCGUCAUGAAGGCGGUGAGGGAAAGGCGGAUCAGGAACAGCGGCCUCCUUCCACCGGGGAUUCACCGGGACUUCUCCGCUUUCUGUCUGCCGGGGUGGAAGCCCUCCGUCUACCACGUGAUGCUGAUUCUCGGCCUAUCAGCCAUCACCAUCUCCUGCUGUGCUUCGGCCAUGUACACCCCCGUGGAGGGCUGGGCCUACUUAGACUCGCUGUACUUCUGCUUCGUCUCCUUCAGCACCAUCGGCUUUGGGGACUACGUAAGCAGUCAGAGUGCAGCCUACGAAUAUCAAGGACUCUACCGGGUGGCCAACUUCCUUUUCAUGUUAACGGGGGUGUGCUGCAUCUACUCGCUCUUCAACGUCAUCUCCAUUGUUAUCAAGCAGGUGCUCAACUGGAUGCUGGAGAAGAUGAGUUGCUUGUUUUGCCAGCGCUGCAAUAAAGCCAGCACCUUCCUGGGCAGACGUAACGCCAUCCGACCGGGUUCUCGAGGACGCCAACCACCUGACCCGGAUGGACCGUGUGACAGUGACACCGAGGGACGCAGGUUAUCAGGGGAGAUGAUUUCUAUGAAAGACCUGGCAGCCUCCAACAAGGUGUCGCUGGCGAUCAUGCAGAAGCAGCUUUCCGAGUCGGCUAAUGGCUAUCCCAGGACGGUUUGUGGCAGUUCACGCCAUAACGGUUUCUCCGGGGGGGUCGGCGCCCUUGGAAUCAUGAACAACAGACUGGCAGAGACCAGUAACUCCAGGUAGAGGCUCGGAAAAGGUGCUGUGAAGUCAACAUGUUAUCCACCAUACACAGGAGGGUUUGGAUUCAUGUGGCUCCAAUUUCCACUGUGAUGACAGUGAUGCCGACUACUAGAUGGCGAUGGCGAUGGCGAUGGCGAUGGCGAUGGCGAUGGCGAUGGCGAUGGCGAUGGCGAUGGCGAUGGCGAUGGCGAUGGC